GGGCUCAUCGAGUCGAUCUGAUUUCCCCUCCGCCAUGGCUCCGUCCGGAGACAGCUUGUGGAGUUUGUGGGAAGUAGAAGCACUGCAGGUGGAAGACGCAUUGCUGCGGCUGAAGCGUCAGCUGGCCCUGCAGCCCCCGCUGCUGGACCAGGCGGUCGCUGCCGCGCGGCGGCUGAGGCAACGUGCGGAGAGCUUCAAGGACUGGGCGUGGGCCUCGCUGGCGGCCAAGGAUCAGUCGCUGCAAAAGGCGGGCUACAGCGCGCUUCGGCCACAGGUGGCUGAGAAGCGCGUCUCGCAGCUAGAGGACGAGUUGGCCCAGCUGCAAGACGCGGCCGCCGCCCAGGAGCAGCGUGAGCUGGACAUGCUGCAGUCCCUGCAACGUGCGAAGAGCCGCAAUGGACAGCUCUUGAUUCAGAUGCAGAAUCUCAGAGACGAGCUCGAGCAUUUGCAGCAGCAGCAUACCAUUGACGAUGACAAUACAUAUGCGAAACUGCAGAACAUGCAGGAUCAGCUGCAUGCUGCGUGGGAUCGCGCGACCGAGGCAGAGAACAAAUGCGACACUCUGGGCAAGAAGUUGGCUGAAGCAAGAAUUCACGUACACACAGAGCGAUCUGUGUCCCACGAGGGCGAUGAGGAGCUAGCAGAGAGGCUGACCGACAUGCAAGAGCAGCUGGAGGCUGCAAGAGAUCGAGCAACAGAUGCAGAGAUGGAGUGCGACUCUCUUCGCAAGCAGCUGGAGAAAGCGCAGGCACAGCCGACUGCAGCAGGAUCGCCCACCAGUGUGGGAGAUGAGGAUCUAGCAGAGAGGCUGGCCGACAUGCAAGAGCAGCUGGAGGCUGAAAGAGAUCGAGCAACAGAUGCAGAGAUGGAGUGCGACUCUCUUCGCAAGCAGCUGGAGAAGGCACAGGCACGGCCGGCUGCAGCGGGAUCGCCCUUGAGUGUGGGCGAUGAAGAUCCAGCAGAGAGGAUGGCCGAGAUGCAAGAGCAGCUGGAGGCUGCAAGAGAUCGAGCAACAGAUGCAGAGCUGGAGUGCAACUCUCUUCGCAAGCAGCUGGAGAAGGCACAGGCACGGCCGGCUGCAGCGGGAUCGCCCGUGAGUGUGGGCGAUGAAGAUCCAGCAGAGAGGAUGGCCGAGAUGCAAGAGCAGCUGGAGGCUGCAAGAGAUCGAGCAACAGAUGCAGAGAUGGAGUGCGACUCUCUUCGCAAGCAGCUGGAGAAGGCACAGGCACGGCCGGCUGCAGCGGGAUCGCCCGUGAGUGUGGGCGAUGAAGAUCCAGCAGAGAGGCUGGCCGAGAUGCAAGAGCAGCUGGAGGCGGCAAGAGAUCGAGCAACAGAUGCAGAGAUGGAGUGCCACUCUCUUCGCAAGCAGCUGGAAAAAGCGCAGGCACAGCCGACUGCAGCAGGAUCGCCCACCAGUGUGGGAGAUGAGGAUCCAGCAGAGAGGCUGGCCGACAUGCAAGAGCAGCUGGAGGCGGCAAGAGAUCGAGCAACAGACGCAGAGAUGGAGUGCGACUCUCUUCGCAAGCAGCUGGCAAAAGCGCAGGCGCAGCCGACUGCAGCAGGAUCGCCCACCAGUGUGGGCGAUGAGGAUCUAGCAGAGAGGCUGGCCGACAUGCAAGAGCAGCUGGAGGCUGCAAGAGAUCGAGCAACAGAUGCAGACAUGGAGUGCGACUCUCUUCGCAAGCAGCUGGAGAAAGCGCAGGCACAGCCGACUGCAGCGGGAUCGCCCACCAGUGCGGGCGAUGAGGAUUUAGCACAGAUGCUGGCCGGCAUGCAAGAGCAGAUGGAGGCUGCAAGAGAUAGAGCAACAGAUGCGGAGAUGCAGUGCAGGUCAUUGAAGACACAACUGUUAGCAAUUUGCGAAACGACUAGCUCUGAGUUGCACCACUCCUUUGGUGUGCAGGGCAAGACGGAACGCGAGCUUGACCUUGAGCAUCGCAUUGCGCAACUGCUGGAAGACCUGAAGCGUUUUUAAGACAUUGUUUGCUGCCUGGAACGAUUGUGUGCAUUGCACGACUUUUCUGAAAGCGCGGUCCCUGUGCUGCUCUGACAACCUGAAAUUGACAUUUGGCACUGCGACACAUGCCGGAAGCCGGGGCAGUCGUGCUGGGGGUGAGAAUGAGUCACAUUCGCCAGAUUGCUUUCGGAUCCACUUCGAGCCUGAGCGAGUGGUGCCGCGCGAGAGCAAGCUGUGCCCAAUUGCAGGAAGAUGUUUAGGCGACAAGACAAGUGACGCCGACUUCGAGUGACUUGGAAGACUAGCUCGUGGCAAGUUUCCGGCAGAAGAGGCCUUCAGAUCUGCCAUGGAGGCUUUUGCCAGUCAAGACGCAGACAGGACUCAA